AUGUUCCACCUCUUCUCCCACUGCUGGUCGUGGCUGCAGGCCAUACAGGAGCCCAUCAGAAAGGUGACCCUCCUUGUCGUGGGGCUGGACAAUGCUGGGAAAACCUCUGUCAUCACGGACGUAGAGAAAGGUGAGGAGCAGCACCAGAGCCGGCCUCAGACGGCGCAGCAGCUUUAUCGUCCUUUGCAACCAACGCUGGCCGGGGAGGUGCUGCCCGACGCACAGCCCGGCCAGACCCGGCUGCGGGUGGACAGGUUCGAGGUGACGCUGGUGGAUCUGCCCGGGGGGCAGCGAUCCCGCAGUUCCUGGCGCAGCCACUACAGCGGGGCCCACGGGCUCCUCUUCGUCCUGGACUCCAGUGACCUGGCGCGGAUGGAAGAGGCCCGCAAGGUCCUGAGUCGCGUCCUGAGCCAUCCCGACAUCUCCGGGAAGCCUCUCUUACUGCUGGCCAACAAGCAAGACGCGGCGGCCGCGCUGCUGCCCUGCGAGGUGAUCGAGCGGCUGUGCCUGGAGCGGCUGGUCAACGAGAACCGCUCUCCCUGCCGCAUCCUGCGCUCCCCGGGCUGA